ACCCCAACCCUACAAUAUGUAAGUCAGAAAAUGGCUCAGUCAAGCAGGAUCAUGGGAACAGCUUAAAAGAAACUAGUUCCUUCUCCUGGCAGUGUUGCCACUUCUCAAGAGAUUCUCUCUCAAAAUGUUGGCUAGUCCCCAGUGCUUCGGGCUGGAGAACGGGUGCUUACUAAGCCGAUCACAUUGAGGAGAUGUUUCUGUUGGUGGCAGUAGCAGAAGUGCUGUUUGUUCUGGGUUUGGCGUGGAGGUCAGAUUCUCUUUGCUCACCCACUACUUUUUACAAAAACUGCUGGAUCCGACGCUUCCCAGGUCUUCUGAUUGAUCUGGAGGAAUCUCAGAAGAGGGGAGCCCAGGUGCUGAAGAUUUAUGCAGAAGUCACAGCCCAGCAGUGCAGCCGGACCUGCUGCCUUCUGAAGAAUGUUUCCUGUAACCUGGCAGUUUUCUACUUUGAAACUAUCCAUGAGAACAUUAAUUGCCUGCACAUUUAUUGUCCAGCCUUGGAAAGCUGCAUAUUGAGGGCUGGAACCAAUGUCAUUUUGUACAACAUCACAACAGGGAUUGAUCCGGAUCUUCUUGUUUUUGAAAAAUUGUCUUAUAAGGAUCCAAAUACCCGUUCCUCUUUUAACAAAUGGGAAAGGCAAAAUAACUCCAGGACUGAUGAUUCAGAAAAAUGCCAACACAAUAAUGUCACAUUGAGGUCUCUUCUACUCCAGUCUCCAUCUUCUACCACUAGCCAGGGCUUUGUAGCAAAUGAUAGUCACAGCCACAAUUCAAGUGGCUUGGUCCCAAAAACCAAACCAACCACACGUUCAUGGGCAAGGUCUCUACCAUUGGAUGACCAUUUUGCUCAGGAGACGGAUUUGACUUCAGAAAGUACAGGUUUGACAUCUAAUUCAGACAAAAUGAUGUCUGUGUCCACUAAGAUGAUAUCCCAUUUGCCCAGUCCUGCUCGCUUAAACAUCAGUCAGCAGCACUUCAAUGAAACCAAAGGGUACAGUGGCAGGAACUACACUUCGGAUAACGAGGGUCAACAACCUGCUUGGGUGGCAGUGGAUAUAGGUUCCUGGUUUGUCCCUGUGGUGCUUUGCUCUUCUUUCAUCUUCCUUUGCUGUUGUACUGUUCUUCUGGCAGCUGGGCGCUGCAGAAAGAGGAGAGGUCACUAUAAGCCAGUGCGGAGAGGAGAGGCAGGGUCCAGGCAGUGCAUAAAAUAUACUCUUGUAAAGGAUAGUUUGUAAUAGCAGAUACGAAAAGGUAAUAAGGAGCUAAAUAACCUGCAUCACUCAUGCUGGUGGAGAAAGAGGCAGCAACCGUAUUUAGUGAAAUACCUCUCUCAGUUUAUUUCUUGGGGGUUUCCCUUUGGAGAUUUUGAACUAUUUUUUGGCAGAUGUCUCAGCAGCUUUUGAGAACACUGUCGACUAAACAUCCUGUUAUGAUUCUCUUUUUACUACCCACUGAUCCAAAGAGAUAUAGGGCCAAAUUCUAGUCACAUGUACUUGCCCACAACUUCCACUGAACUCGGAGGUAUUUGUGCAUACCUUUGUUUAUAAUUUGAUCCAGAGUAAUUUAUUUAUUGCUAGAAUCCUUUCCUAACUUCUCUGUAGAGACAAUGGGCUUGAUUCUCCACUUCCUCUGUGUGUAUUCUUUGCCCUGCCUUACUUUAUAGAACAUGUGUAAAGCAAAUGUAAAAUGCAACCAUAUCAGAAAAGUAGCAUUUUACACUUACUUUGCCUAAAUCUUUAUGGAAAGAAAAGGUGCAAGGUCAUAGAGAAUCAGACCUAGUUACUGUUAGAUCAUUAAUAUCCUGAACAACAGCCGUAAGUUUAAAACAGUGGAAAUUAGAGUUUGAAAACACAGUUAUCUAUUUAACCAUCCAGGACAGGAUUGUUGCUACUGUAAUUCCUUCAGUUCUUUGUUUUAAAAUUAUUCUGGUGAUGGGACUUCCACAGUUUUUUAGGCCUUAUUAUUAGGAAAUAUACUUUAAUAUUUAGCCUAUAUUUUCCUUUGCCUGUUGCAGCAUUCUCAAUUGCCAAUUCCCUUUUAGGCAUUUCUAGCACCAUGCUCUCUGGUCCCCUUCCUAUCCUAGAUGCAACGCUGUCUUUCACCUCCUCCCAAGCCAAUUGCCCUCCGACUUGGUAAAGCUCUCCAUAUCCUACAAAUGUCAGACACCCCAGAGUCCCCACUCCUCCACAAGAUAAUUGACUGAGUCUCUUGACACUAUAGCAAAACACUCAUUUAACUCUUAAUAGUGUCUGGGCUACUGUUUCCAUUAAAAGGGCCUCUACUUCUGUUCUCAGAGUAAAUCCCAGAGACUGGAUCUUUUGCCUUUCCCCUGGCAAAAUGAGCAUGAGGUAUUUUAGCCAGACAUUUUUCAUUCUCCAUGAAACACUGCCCUCUUGCACCACCUCAGACACACAUUUCUUGUCCUUAUCUGUGUGACCGGGGUCCCAGUGGGGGCCAGCUGUCGUCACUAAACUAGGGUGAACCCCAAAGAAUGGGGUAGACAAUCCCCAAAAAGCUGGUGGACAUUCCAAUACUUAGAUUUACCAAGCCAGCAUAAAAUAGCUUCUUUAUUACCUCACUGGUUACUCAGAAGUCCAAACAACACAGUUCCCUUAAAAUGAUCCAGCCUCAGGCCUCCAUCUAGGUACCUAAGUCAAAUAUGACGAUGUCUGAAAAUCUUAUUUCAUCAUAUAAAAGAAAAGGUUCUACCAAUCCCAAAGGAUCGGACACAUUGCCUUCCAGGUUAAUGAAUGUUUUAGAUCUUACCCAAAUGCAUGCUACAGCCAAUUCUUAUUAACUAAACUAAAAUUUAUUAAAAAACAAAAGAGAGAGAGAGAGUAUGGUUAAAAGAUCAAUAUACAUACAGACAUAGAGUUCAAUUAAUUGCGGUUCAGAUUCAUAGCAGAGAUGGUGAGCUUUGUAGCUGCAAAGAGUUUUUUCAGAUCUAGGUUAUAGUCCAAUGCCCAAAUUUCAUAUUCAGGGCAUACCAGCAUAACUGGGACCUCAGUCUUGCGAUUCAAACUUCCCCCGAUGAAGCUUAAGCAGACCUAAGAUGACUGAAUCAGGACCCAAAGAUCUUUUAUACAAUUUCAUGUCCUCUUUGACAAGUUGGGAGUUCUUCCAGGAACAAAAGGUAAUUAGGAUGACUUGAAGGGAGGUCCAUCACUGGUACUUAGCUAUAGAAUUAACAUAAGGCAAUUUGCUUGUUCCUCCACCAUUCACAGAUUAUUUGCUAUACAUUUCAAAGAGAGAUGAAAACUGAGAUAUCCCAUGUUUACAAUUCAUUUAACUGCUAGGAUGUUCUUUUGAUCUCUGAAUUAUAAGAAUACAACAUAGACAGGGACUGUUGAUUAUAUUGUCAGCACUACUCAUACAUAUGUAAGUACACAGAAACACAAACAUUAUCUCCCCACAUGUCUUUUGAGGGUUAUUUAUUUUGCAGGAUUUAUUUAUUUAACCCUUUCUAGCCAUGCAUCACAAUCUGCAAAGCCUUUCACAAUUUAGCCCCUCUCCAUCCCUCCCCAAGCUAUUACCCCCUCCUUCACUCUGUCAGUGAGGCCAGCCUCAAUUCUCUCCCCACUUCUUUCACAAGCACCCUUGUGCUUUCUCCCAGGCUGCCUCCUUCAAGUCUUUCCCCUCCUUCAAGUCUGUCCUCAAACUUUCAUGCUCUGUAUGAAUGCUGAGAAAUACAAUCUUAUAAUGGCUAGGUAGGUGGCAAAUUGUGAUUACUGCUCAUGAUUGGGUAAGAUUAUUUGUGUUACUCCAUGUCAUCUACACUGUUUAUGUCAGAUCUUUUGGACUGUGAGCUCUUUGAGGAAGGGACAGUUACUAUAUGUUUGGAUAGCAUAUACCACAAUGGGGCUCUGAAAUUGUAGGCCUUUAGAAACUUCCAUGAUAUAAAUUAUAAAUAAUACAUAAAAAUAACACUUCCUGUUCUGCACUGUAUACUCUAUUCCUGUGGUUUUCAACCUCUUUUUAUUUGCGGACCCCUAAAAUAUUUCAAAUGGAGGUGCAGACCCCUUUGGAAUCUUAUACGUAGUUUGCAGAUCCCUAGGGGUCCACAGACCACAGGUUUAAAGCCACUGCUCUAUUCAUUAGAAUGGCCCUUCAAUGCCCAGUGUAUUUUUCAAACCAAGUUACUAGAUCAGCAGGGUAGUAAGCUGUCAUCUUACCUUACACAAGAAGUUUGGUUAAUGAACUUAGGCAAGUGCAUUUUCACCAGUAACCUGGACUGUUCAUCUUUUAAACUGGGUGAUGUUUCAGAGUUCAUCAAUUUCUUUACUUUCUGUCAGAAGUAACUUGACCUGUUCUCUUGAACAAAGAGGUGUAAAAAGACACAUAGGUUCAAUUUGUGUUAUUGUAUUAAAAUCAUGUUCUUAAAGUAAAGUUUCUGUUCACUAUACUUGUAUACUUGUGAUAAGAUACACUGACUAAAGUUUAAUUAAUGAGCUGAUGAGCAUUCAAUGCCAAGUGCCUAUGUCAUUACAGCAGAAGAGGUCAGUGUGAAAGCUGAAUAUUAAUUACUAUUAUAUUCUAGUUUCCUAAAUUCUAACAAGCCUGUAAAGACCUAUGAUUAUGUAUAUAAGUCUACGUGCACAAAUACUACAAAACUGAUUAACAUUAGAUUAAAGAUAUCUAGAAGUACUAUUUUGGAGGGAGGAGAGAUUAAAUCAGCUGAAAUAAUGCAACAAAAAUUUCAUCUUUUUCUCUCCCCUCCCCUCCCUCCUCCCAGCUAACCCUAACCUAUUUAUAUUUUUAGAAUUAGGUUUUGAGGCUUGUUCUGGUUUUACUGAUAAAUUGGUAAGCUCUCCAAAGGAGUUAAAACAUCGACAUCCAUGCCUACCUUGAACAAGAUAACAUCAAUAAUUGCACCCUCCCUGUGCCUCCUCCAGCUAUCUCUAAGAUCAAAAUGGAACAACAGAUCCUGGUUCUGCACGUUGAACUUUUGAAUUAAAGAUGAAGGCGCACGUAAUCAGUUUCAUUUUUUUUUAAAAUUAGGUUUCUGGCAAGUUCUGGUGAUUCCUCUGAUGGGCUACAUUUAGAUGCUAUUACAUUACAACAUUACGCAUUACUAUAACUACAUACAUUAAAUGAAUGAAAUGGUCAGCCACAUCCCCACAAAUGAUAAACAGUUGUGGUUUUUUGUUUUGUUUUGUUUUUUAACCACCAAAACCAUUAACUAGUACUUUUCAUCCUCUGAGCUCUUUACUAAACACAUUAGUAAGCCAGAUUCUGAUAUCUGUUUAUAGAAAAAAACAAACUUAAAAAAUAAGGGAAAAACUCCUAAUUUUAAUCACUGAAAAGCAGCAUUAAAAGCCUUCUUCUGUGUGCAAGAUGAAAAGGGAAUAUCAGUAACGGGGAAAAAAUAG